AUCUGAAACAAAGCUUUAUAUUAAAAGUAAACAAAUUAUCUUCUGGGUUGGGAAACCUGAGCAUAAUUAAUGACAAUCUUUUUAAAGGCGACAGAUGUAAGAUUACUGGUGUCUUUUUCUCUGGAUAGGAGCUCAUUAAAUAUUGAUGAUCACCUAAACUUUGAGGUGGCGAUACAUCAAUAGGAGUGACGUAUGUUGGAAGAGUGGAAAAAAAUCAAUGAAAUUAGUAUGCUAUUUUGAUUGAAUUCCAAAAGCAGGAAUUUUAAAGGAAUUCAACCAUGUCACUUAAAGAGGCAUGUCAAGGACAUCAUGUCUGCAUCUACAGUCAUUCAUAAUGCAGAGCAUGGAGGUGGUAAGUAUUCAAGUAGGUAUGAGUGUUAUUCUAGAUUUCAAAACUACCCCAAAAUGUAUCCCUUGCUCAACACAUCCAUUUGCUUUUCUCUUUGCAGCACGGCAACAGCAGUGAUCAAAGGUUUUCAUUAAGGAAGUGAUGACAAAGGAGCACAGGCACAGAGCUAUGGCAGAAUCUUCCAAACCAACAUCAAGACUACAAAAGACCAGAAGAUGGAGUAUGGAGGAACCUCUAGACCUGGCAUCCUCUAGUAGUCCUCUGGCUGAGGAACUUAAAUGUUCUGUGUGUCUGGACAUGUUCACGGAUCCAGUCACCAUCCCAUGUGGACACAUCUUUUGUAAGAGCUGCAUAAACCAGUGCUGGGACAACAGUCAGGACUGCUACUGUCCGCUCUGUAAAGAAAGAUUCAGUGAAAGACCUGAUUUCAAAAUCAACACAGCACUUAGUCAGGUUGCGCAACUCUUCAGGGAAAAGCCCAGCUUUAGUGAAUCUGAAGUUCUGUGUGACAUCUGUGAUGAUGACAAAAAACUAAAAGCACUAAAGUCCUGUCUGGUGUGUCAGAACUCUUACUGUGAAACUCACCUGGAACCUCAUCAUCGAGUUCUGAACUUAAAGAAACACAAACUUAUGGACCCUGUGGAGAAUAUAAAGGACUACAUAUGCCAGAAACACGAGAGGCCUUUGGAGCUGUUCUGUAGAGAUGAUCAGAUGUGUAUUUGUGUGUUCUGUGCUGAAGGAGACCACAAGAACCACAAGACUAGUCCUCUAGAGGAGGAGAGUGAAAAGAAGAAGACUCAUCUGAUGAAGACACAAACAGACAUGCAGCAGAUGAUCAAGGACAGGAUCAUAAAGAUUAAAGACAUCGGACAGUCAGCCGAACUCAGAAAAAAAAAUAAAGAGCAAGAGAAAGCAGCUCGUGUUGAGAUCUUCACUGAUUUAAUCCGCUCCAUUGAGAGAUGUCAGACUGAACUACUGGAGGUGAUGGAGGAGCAGCACAAAUUAAAGGAGAAACAGGAUGAAGAUCACAUUCAAGAGCUGCAUGAGGAGAUUACAAAGCUAAAGAUGAGAAGCACUGAGCUGGAGCAGCUCUCACACACUAAAGACCACCUCCAUCUCCUGCAGACUGAUGCAUCCCUGUACAGCCCUCCACACACCAGGAACUGGUCCGAGAUCUGUAUGAACACUGAUGUGAGUGUGGAGACUCUGAGGAGAGCUCUGACUCAGCUGCAGGAAACUCUAGAUGGAACAAUCAGUCAAACUGUGUUGCAGAGGAUGCAGCGGCAUGCAGUGGACGUGACUCUGGAUUCUAAUACAGCUAAUCCUAGACUCACCCUGUCUGAUGACAGAAAACAAGUGACACAUGGUGCCAUUAAUCGUGACUCCACAGAUGACCCACAAAGGUUUGAUUACUGCUCAUGUGUCCUGGGAACAGAGGGAUUCUCCUCAGGAAUGUUUUAUUUUGAGGUGGAUGUGACAGGAAGUAGUGAGUGGGACUUAGGAGUGGCUAGAGAAUCUGUUGAUAGGAAGGGACUGAUCACAGCAACUCCUGACAAUGGAUACUACACUGUGGCUCUGAGGAAUAAGAAUGAUUAUUGUGCAUUUGCUGAUCCUCCUGUCCCUCUGUUGCUGAGAGUAAAACCACAGAUAGUGGGGGUGUUUGUGCAUUAUGAGGAGGGUCUGGUCUCCUUUUAUGAUGUGGGGUCUAGGUCUCAUAUCUAUUCGUUCACUGAUCAGACUUUCGCUGAGAAACUCUAUCCAUUUUUUUGCCCAGACGGAAAAACCGAAGGCAAAGCAUCGGCUCCACUGAUCAUCUUUCCUGUUAAUCACAUUUAAAUGAAAAACAUUUAAAUACUGGGUUGGUUGGCACAAUUAGCAUCUUAUUUUUUUUUUAAAAAAAAACAAUGGUUGAACAAGAAUAGAACACAAGGUGCAACUGAAAGCUUAAAUGACUGUCAGACUUGUUUUAUUUAUUUAUUUUUUUUUAAACCUUGAAAUACGUUUAACUCAUUGACUUCUAAUAUGGUGAAUGGUUUCUGUUUCAUUCCCAAGAUUCCUCUCAAAUGUCUGGGAGGUAAUCUGGGAGGUAUGUAGAUCUGGUGAGCAGCAGGUACAAAUUACGUGAAAAGGGUGGAUUGGUUUACAACACCACCAAAUGCCACUAUAAAAAAUGACUAUGAUUUUAAUGGUAAAAGACUGUUGCUACAGUAAAAAAAUGAUUAAUUGUUUAAUGUUAAGAUUCCCUGCUGUAUAUGGUGAAAAACGGUAUUGGACAUUACAUGUAAUUUUACAGUAGUAUACCAUUUUUGGAAGUGGAAAAAAAUAGUAUUAUUUACAGUGAAUAACCGUAAAUUGACAUUCCCAGAAUUUGAUGUUUUUUCGUUUAAAUAACUGUUCCUUCUAAGCUUUUCUUAUCAGUUAUGUUUAUUAUUGUAUGUUACGUCUAAUGUUAUUAGAAUAAUGUUUAUUGCAUUAUUUCAGUUCCAUGUGUGUAACCAUGUUGCUGUUUAGCGUUUGUGUGAAUGACACUGUGCACCUUAUAUGUUAAUUAAAAGACAAAAUUAAUUUUUUGAGAUCAGUUCCAGGUGGCAAAUAUCGCCCCUUAAUGGAAAAGUUCAUUUCUGACCCUUAUAAGUAAGGUUCAAUAUAUAUAUAUUUUUUUAAAUUAGCACUGGAUUGUAACAUAUAAAAUAUUGUAACUGUUAAUUUAAUA